GUCAGCACAGAGCCCGAUGCGGGGCUCAAACUCAUGAACCACAAGAUCAUGACCUGAGCUGAAGUCGGACGCUUAACUGACUGAGCCCCCCCGGGCGCCCCGGGAGAUGUUCGUCUUAAUCAUUUGAUCGAGAUGGUGUCUGCUCGGUGUCCCCCCUACAGAGCGACUCUCCCGUGCAGUUAGUACGUUGUAAGGGGAUACUUUGUGCCGCGUAAAUAAAUGUGGUCAAGCUUGGCCCUUUUUGUUCCUGUCUGUGGGGACUCCUGGUGUCCUGUGUUAUGCUAUGUAGUCUGUUGUUCUUUCUUUGGAUUCUUGUUCAGGCUGGCGUCCGUGUUCCUUUGCUGUGACCCCACAACGCUGUGCUGGCCUCACGGCCCAAGAUUUGUUUCUAGGCGCAUCUGCCUGCUGGUCCUGUUCCAGUCUUGGGAGCAGCCGCGUCUCCCGGUCUCGGUUCCUUUGAGUGCAGAAUGCUAUUUAGAAGUCAAGCCCCAGACGCUAGAUGUCAUGUAGAUGCCGCCUCUCUCCACUCACGCUCACGUUCCCACCCGGCACCCUGGGCCAUGCCGCCUCUCUGCGGGCACCUCCUCCUAUUUGGAUCCCCUCCCGACCCCCGGGGGUAGAGACCCUCAUUGCCUCCUUGGGCGGUGACACGUGGCUAUGACUUCUCCCCCUCGCCAGUAUGGAUGCCCACCUCGUUCCUCCCCUCCCCUCCCCCAAAUCAUUUAGGGAGACGGAAGAGAGAGACGAGCAGAAACAGCCCAGACAGCACCCCGUCGGUCGCGAUGCGUGCCCGCUUCCUGAAGCCAGGGUUCUGACCCAGUCCCUGGGUUCCUGCAUCCGCCAGCUGGCCCUCGCGGGUGGCACACGGGUCCCGGCGGCCAGGGCCGUGCCCUCUACGUCUUCACCCACCCAGAGGCCAGCAGAGGCCCGGCCUGCGGUGAGCGCCCGGAACGUGAAUGAAGGGCUGCCCUGGGCUCUAAUCCCCAGUUUUGCAAUGAUCUUUCCAGUCCUACUCUGGGGAUGAAAGGUCAGAGCCUGAGACUGGCCUCCCCCCACUCCGCCCGCCCCAUCCCCGCCCGUCUCACUGGAGCCAGAUGGGGAGGCAGACACAGCUCUGAUCCCCUCCCCAACCCCAGUAGAGAUUUCUGAUCCAGCUGUCACAGCUCUCGGACACCAGGGGCCGAGGGAGAGGCAGGAAGAGUUGGCGGAGGAGUGACCGAGACGGGAAGGAGGGGGAGCCGACUUGAGCCUGGUGCCUGCCGAGCCGCCCCGUCCCUCCAUGCAGGUCCCCGUGGGCCCCGCCUGCAUCUUCCUGAGAAAAGGCAUCGCCGAGAAACAGCGGGGAAGACCGCUGGGACAGGAUGAGAUCGAAGAGCUUCGGGAAGCAUUUCUUGAGUUCGACAAGGACAGAGAUGGGUUCAUCUCUUGUAAGGAUUUGGGGAAUCUCAUGAGGACGAUGGGCUACAUGCCCACAGAGAUGGAGCUGACUGAACUGGGCCAGCAAAUCCGCAUGAACCUGGGUGGCCGUGUAGACUUUGACGACUUUGUGGAGCUGAUGACCCCCAAAUUGCUUGAGGAAACGGCGGGGAUGAUCGGCGUCCAGGAGAUGCGCGAUGCCUUCAAGGAAUUUGACACCAACGGGGACGGGGAGAUCACCCUCGGGGAGCUGCAGCAGGCCAUGCAGAGGCUUCUGGGAGAGAAGCUCACCCCUCGCGAGAUCUCGGAGGUCGUGCAGGAGGCAGACGUGAACGGAGACGGCACGGUCGACUUUGAAGAGUUUGUGAAGAUGAUGUCUCGCUGAGGAGGUUCUGGAAGCCCCCGGUCUCUCCCCACCAGGCAGGCAUGGACCCCGCACUUGUGGAAGACCAGAUCCCCUCGGGCCCGUCCAGGAGAGAGGGUGGGAGGGUGCGUGGUGACUGGCCUUGCAUUGUAUGAGUCGAGGCUGGACCAAAAGUGAUGGCUUUGCCCGGAUGGCGGGCGGGGUGAGGGGGAACCUCUCUAGAAUGAGAUAAGAAGCUAGAAAUGAGAUCAGGACCAAGGUCAGCGCCACCCCACCAAUUCCAGAGGUUAAUGACCUCUCGACUUCAUGUAACCCCCAAUGCCUACACCCCAGCAGAGUCUCUUCCCUGGUGUCCUCUUGGGUCAGACUCUCAAAAAGCUCAGCCCAUGGUCCACCCUUCCCCCUUCUUGCUUCAGCUGCUUCAGAUUUCCUCGGUUUCUUUCUGUCGGUAAGAGGGAGGCAUGACAAUCUUGGGGCUACAAACAGGAUUCCUGGGAAGACCGGGCUUGGAAAUGGUUCCAUUAAAGAGGCUUCCAAAGUGAGCUUAGUCCGUUUUCUUGAUUUCCUGGAAGCACAGUCUGGUGGUUGUUGUUUUUUUUCACCCUCCUGCCUCCUACUUCGUGGUGUAAGAUAACUUGGGUAAGAUACUCAGGCCACUGAAUUAAACCAUAAAUCUGGAUUACGGAGGUUUAGGGCAAGCUGAUCCCCGGGGAAUUAAUCCCCUGCAAAAUGUCAUCGCGCAAACGAG